AUGAGCAAUUUAAAAAAGGAAGAAACCUGCCAGAAUGGCGAAAAGGAAGUAACUGAACAGACGGCAGCCUUGACGAAUGAGAAAGCCUCCAGCGAACCGACGCCGAAGAAAAAGGUCACCAAGAAAGUUAGUUUCCUCCUGGACGAGGAUGGGGCAAAUGCGAAAAAGGAAGACGUAAAAGUGAAUGGCGGUUCUUUGGAGGGGCACCAAAAUGGGGAUGUUUCCCACGCAGGCACGGACGAGGGGAAGCACAGCGACGAUCAGAAAGGUGACUGCAAGGCGAACGACUUUGCGAAAAUCAGUUGGGCCCAGCGCAACAGCGGCGGUGAACGAAACGGUGGCGAAUGCUGGGGGAAAGAAGAAGACACCCCCAAUGGCAGUUCUUGCAACGAAAAUGAGCACAAGCUCUUCUCCAGCGAGGACAACCAGCACAAGCUGUUCUCCAACGACGACAACCAGCAUAGGCGCUUCCACACCCAGUUCAAGUUUUUCACAGCACAGGAGACCCAGCACAAGAUGCUCGCCCCCCAGGAAAACCAACACAAGCUGUUCGCCUCGCGCAGCAAACAGAACGAAUACAAAGACAAGGAGAAAGCGCCAGUGUACGUUAAAUUCGACAAGCGUGAGUGCGCAAAGAAUGAGCAGAACUCCGUGUUUUUGAAGGACCAGCUGGAGGGGGGCGAGACUGACGAGAUGGCCGCCAAUGAAGGGAGCGCAGAAGUGGAAAAACACGCUGAAAUGCAGAUUAAAGGGGAGGCCAAAUUGAAGGCCCACCUGGAGGUUAAAACGGAACGAACGGACUUCGAAAAGUCGUACAACGAGAGUCUGAAUAAUUUCCGCGCGUCCUCCUUCGUCGACAUUUUGAACUCCAUGCAGGGGGGUGGAAAGGGGGGAAACGAGGGAAACGGCGCGCCAAGUGGGGAAGCAAAUGGGCUGAUGCCAAGUGGAGAAGCAAAUGGACUGAUGCCCAAUGGGAGCGCCCCCCAUGAGUGGCGCCCCCCAGCCAACGGGAAGGACUACGAAAACGUGGACGCCGCGGAGCACCAACAAAGCGACAACACGCAGCUGAUCGCGUGCAUCCUGUGCGGAGACAGCAUAAAGGCGAACGCAUCAAAAAUGUGCAGCAACUGCAUUUUGCAAAACGUAGAAAGCAGCAGCGUCAACAUUAAUAAGGACACCUACCUGAUAUACUACUGCCGAGAGUGCAAGAGGUACCUGCACAACAGGUGGGUAUACUGCGAAUUGGAGAGCAAGGAAUUACUAGCCCUAUGCUUAAAAAAAGUGAAUAAAUUGAAAAAGCUAAAAAUAUUGGACGCAAAAUUUUUAUAUACAGAACCGCACAGCAAAAGAAUUAAAAUCCAUCUGAGUGUACAAGAAGAAUUGAUAAACAACUUCAUCAGCGAGAUGGAGCUAAUUUUACAUUACGUAAUAAAAUACACCCAAUGUGAUGACUGCAAGAAGACGUAUACUCCCUACACAUACAACACCUGCGUGUCGGUUAGGCAGAAAGUGGAGCAUAAAAAAACACUCCUCUUUUUGGAAAGCUUAUUAUUAAAAUAUAAUAUGAACGAAAAUAUUAUUAACAUCGUGUCCAACCCGGAUGGAUUAGACUUCCACUUCCUAUCUCGAACGGAUGCCCUCAAAUUCUGCGACUUUAUAUUAAGCAAGACCAUGUCAAAGUGUAAAAAUUCGAAGCAUUUAAUAAACCACGAUGCGAAUAAUAACACGUACAAUUAUUUGUACUCCUUUUCUAUUGACAUUUGCCCCAUAUGUAAAUACGAUUUGAUUUUUUUCCCCAAAGAUUUAUCCAUCAAAUAUGGAAUGAAGAGCUCCUUCUACCUUUGCCUGCACGUCUCCAUUUUCAUCAUAUUGAUUAACCCCUUUUGCUCUUCUAACUCUGCUCAUAUUUCUCAAGAGCGGUACAACAAGCACCCCUUCCUGCCCCUCCUGAGCAAGGCGGACUCUAAAGUCUUCCUCAUACUCAACGUGGAGUACAUCGACAGCGACCCGUAUUCGAAGAAUGAGCGGAGAGGCGGUGCUGCCAACACCACCGCUUCCAGUACCGCCUCCCCCAAUGGACGGUGUCGUGACCCCUUUGGAGACGCUGCUCAAGAGGACAGUGCAUCCCUGAGUGGACGCCAAAAGGGAGCGUCAAACAGGUCGACCCGAGGCAAAGAUAAAAACGUUAACUUGAAGAGGAAAACGAAAAACUCGGUCAGCUCAAACACCGUGGAGGAAUUCUCCUCCGAUGAUCUCUUCCAAGUGAACGAAGAAAAUGGCUCUCUCGCAGACACGAAGAGUUGCAAAUCCUCCUCGAGAAAGGUAAAGCUAGACAAGCUCGUCUACGCAUUUGUAGAGCUAUACGACGAAUCCGAGGGAAACACAAUACUCACCAAAACGUGUAACGCUAGGCAUUUAAAACCGGGAGAUUAUGUCAACGCGUAUGACUUAAGAAAACACACCUUCGACAAUGACAUCAGCUUAUAUUUGGAGAAGGAGGACAACUACAGCAUUAUUAUUAUUGACAAGGUGAAGCCAAAGGAGAGAGAAAAAAUAGAAAACGAAUUACAAGUCCAGAAUAAUAAUAUAGAGACCAUGAAGAAUGUUAAUGAUGAUGAUAUUUUCAAGAACAUCCUUCUGAACAACUGUGCGGGGAUGCAGAAUAUGACCAUCCGUUGA